GACGCAACCAGUAAUACACCAAAUGUAGUGCGUUUGCGUAUCAGAAAAUUAAUAAGAUAAGUGGUUGUGACUAAAGAACGUGAAACAAAAAUCGAAUAAGUGCCUUAAUUUUUUACACAAGACUCAAAUAAGUGUUGCAUUUACGUGAUACACCUGCAAAAAUGGCCAGCCAACUUGACCGUGUCAUAAUGUGCCCCAUCUGCCUGGACACUAUGACCAAACCGAUAAUUCAGUGCCAAACGGGGCACAGUAUGUGCGGGGAUUGCGUCAAAGACAAUUUGGUGAAAAACUGUCCACAGUGUCGGGGCCCCAUUUCAACGACACGCAACUACCAGUUGGAGCAAAUCAUCGAAAAUAUGCCCAGAGAUUUGAAAUGUCCGUGUUUUUUUGCCGAUAAGGGGUGUAAAUACAUGCUUUCGCCGACUGAAAAGGCCGAUCAUGAGGUCGAGUGCAAGAAUCGCAAGUUUUUGUGCGAAGGGCGCAAAUUUGCGAAGUGGAAGUGCGAGUGGUUUGGGAAUUACGGCGAGUUGGAGCAACACUUUAAAGACGUUCAUCGGAACUGUAUGGAGUAUAAAAUGCAGACUGAAAUGAAUAUUCGACUCGAUAAGGAUUUUAAAGACGUUCAAAUUAUUUCGUUUUUUAACGGAGCUCAGUAUUUCUGGUACAAGUUUGUGGUUGACGUGGCCCUGCAAAGGGUCUUUUGGGUCUUCCAGUUCAUAGGGCCCAAAAAACAAGCCAAGAAUUACUACUACGAGUUUGAGAUCAGCAACGGACCGAUCCGAAAAUUCAAAGUGACUGAAGUUUGCGACAACGACGUCGUUAAGGCUGAAGAUUUGUUCCGUGACGAGAAAUGUGUGUCACUGUCGUUCAAUUCGGUCAAAAGUUACUUAAACGACAACGGAAAAUUGCCAAUUAAGUUCCGGAUCAUGGCGAUGAGGAAACACAACGAAGCUUCGAAAUAAUUUUUUGUUUAUUGUUUUAUUAUGUAUUACUUUUUUCUCAUAAAUAUACGUUCUCACCCUUG